AUGGUCGAUCAAGUAUCUAUUAAUAAUCCAUAUGAAACAUUUGUUGACGUUGCUAAAGAACGUUUUUGUAAUGAUAUUUAUAAUUGUGGACGAAUUGUAGCACUUUAUUUUACAUAUAAGCUUAUCUCAAAAUUAUUAAAAGAUGAACCAUCAUUACUUUUAAAUGUUGUUGAAUGGACUGUACGUUUUGUAAGAGGAACUAUUGCACCAUAG